AUGGGCGUGCGCAGCUGCCUCCACGGCAAUACUAUGUCAGGACAACGCGAUACCCCCUCUGAGCUCGGGGAGCAGCCCCAGCAGGCACUGGAGGCCCCAGGGGCAGCUGCCCCCAGUCCUGGGCCUCGCGCAGCCGAAGAGAUGGAGACCGCACCACCUGUCAGCGAGCCCGUCCCCAUCGAGGGUGACAGCGAGGCCUGCGGGCCUGCACAGGUCUCCAGGCCCUCAUCCCAGGGCCUCGGAGAGGCCAUCGAGGAAGCCCGAGGCCUUGGAGGCGCCAGUCCACCUCCUGAGGAAGCCAUGCCCUUCGAUAUCAAGCAGCCCAGCUCGGGAGGCUUUUGGCCUACCCUGGAGCAGCACGGAGCCCAGCCUGGGGUGCGUGCAGGCCUCGGAGCCUCGGGCCCAGCCGCUGUGGAGGCCCGAGCCUUCAGGGGUGCCCGAGCAGGCCUGGAAGGCUACAGCCCUCCACCAGAGGAAGCCAUGCCCUUUGAGUUGCAGCAGCCUGACCAGGGAAACAUCACCCCAGCUCCCAUGCAGCUCGGAGCCCUUGCUCUGGAAAGCCCAGGUUUGGGGGUCCCUGGAGCACCCCCCGAGCAGCCCCGAGCCCUCGGGCCCGCCAGCCCCGGCUUCGGAGGCUACAGCCCUCCCCCUGAGGAGGCUGUGCCGUUUGAGCUUGAAGGAGCAGCCUCUGGGGGCGACAGCCCACCCCUCGGGCGCCCCGGAGCCAGCACGGAGCUCGACGGCAGCGGCCAGCUCGCGGCAGCCGCGUCCCCGGGUGCGGUCCUCUUCCCUGCCAGCGCGGCCGCGCCCCCUCUCGGGGUCCCCGGCGCCCCGGGUCGCCCAGCCAGAGAGGCUACCAGAGCGCAGUCUGGCUUCGCGGGCACCAGCCCCCCGGUGGAGAUCUCCCGACCCCCACUGGAGAUCGGCAGCGCCCCCCGUGGGGUCGACGACGCUCCCGUCAACAUGGACAGCCCCCCAAUCGCGCUUGAUGGCCCGCCCAUCGAGGUCUCCCGAGCACCAGUCGAGGCAGAGCGAGCAGAGGGAGAGAGACCCCCAGUUGAGGGAGCAGCCGCCGAGAUGGAAGGAGGUUCCCGAGCUGCCGGCGCCGAGGGAGGCAAAGUCCCGUCUGCCGGGCGCGCAGGAGCCCCUGCCGCCCGCCCCCAGCUGCAGCUGCUGCGACCCCCCAGCCCCGAGAUCCAGGCUGCGGAGCUGCCUGGUCCGGUGCCUCCUCGCGCGGCUGCCCGGCGGGCCAAGGCGGAACGCGGCCGCAGCCGCAGCCGUCACGACGAGGGCUCCGACAGCAGCGACGACGAGGCCAGCAGCGGGGACGAGUCCGACGAGGGCACCGGCUGCUACUUCUGGGGCCAGUGCCGGCGCGGCCGCCGCCGCCGCAAGCAGAGCCGCAGCGCGCUGCACAGCUUCCUGGCGCAGGCCCUCGGAGGCUGCUUCGGGAGCCGCUCCGAGAGCCCCCAGGCCCGAGCCCGCGCCUCCAAAGCCAAGAAGGUGCCGCUGGCGGAGAAGCGGCGCCAGAAGCGCAAAGAGGCAAUGGAGAAACGUGCUCAGAAGCGCGCAGAGAAGAAGCGCAGCGCGAUCAUCGACAAGCAGCUCCAGGACGAAAAGAUGGGGUACAUGUGUACGCACCGCCUGCUGCUUCUAGGUGCUGGAGAAUCUGGUAAAAGCACCAUUGUGAAGCAGAUGAGGAUCCUGCAUGUUAAUGGGUUUAAUGGCGAGGGCGGCGAAGAGGACCCGCAGGCUGCAAGGAGCAACAGCGAUGGUGAGAAGGCAACGAAAGUGCAGGACAUCAAAAACAACCUGAAGGAGGCCAUUGAAACCAUCGUGGCUGCCAUGAGCAACCUGGUCCCCCCUGUGGAGCUGGCCAACCCUGAGAACCAGUUCAGAGUGGACUACAUUCUGAGCGUCAUGAACGUGCCGGACUUUGAUUUCCCUCCCGAAUUCUACGAGCACGCCAAGGCUCUCUGGGAGGAUGAAGGCGUGCGUGCCUGCUACGAGCGCGCCAACGAGUACCAGCUCAUCGACUGUGCCCAGUACUUCCUGGACAAGAUCGAUGUCAUCAAGCAGGCCGACUAUGUGCCAAGCGACCAGGAUCUGCUCCGCUGCCGCGUCCUGACUUCUGGAAUCUUUGAGACCAAAUUCCAGGUGGACAAGGUCAACUUCCACAUGUUCGAUGUGGGCGGCCAGCGUGAUGAACGCCGCAAAUGGAUCCAAUGCUUCAAUGAUGUGACUGCCAUCAUCUUCGUGGUGGCCAGCAGCAGCUACAACAUGGUCAUUCGGGAGGACAACCAGACCAACCGUCUGCAGGAGGCCUUGAACCUCUUCAAGAGCAUCUGGAACAACAGAUGGCUGCGCACCAUCUCUGUGAUUCUGUUCCUCAAUAAGCAAGACCUGCUUGCUGAGAAAGUCCUUGCUGGGAAGUCCAAGAUUGAGGACUACUUUCCAGAAUUUGCUCGUUACACUACUCCCGAGGAUGCUACUCCCGAGCCCGGAGAGGACCCACGUGUGACCCGGGCCAAGUAUUUCAUCCGCGACGAAUUUCUGAGAAUCAGCACUGCCAGUGGGGAUGGGCGCCACUACUGCUACCCCCACUUCACUUGCGCCGUGGACACCGAGAACAUCCGCCGCGUGUUCAACGACUGCCGUGACAUCAUCCAGCGCAUGCACCUCCGUCAGUACGAGCUGCUCUGAGAAGGGAACUCCAAACUUAAUUAAAGCCUUAAGCACAAUUAAUUACAAGUGAAACGUAAUUCUCCAAGCAGUUAAUCACCCACCAUAGGGCAUGAUUAACAAAGCAACCUUUCCUUUCCCCCGAGUGAUUUUGCGAAACCCCUUUUUCCUUUCAGCUUGCUUAAAUGUUCCAAAUUUAGAAAGCUUAAGGCGGCCUACAGAAAAAGAAUUUCAAAAAGGCCACAAAAGUUCCCUCUCACUUUCAAUAAAGAAAAUAAAAGCAGCAAACAAAGAAAUAAAUGAAACAAAUGAAAUAAAUAUUGUUUUGUGCAGCAUUAAAAAAAAUCAUAAUAAAUAAAAAUUAAAUGUGGGC